AUGCAGCAGCCGCAGCAGCGGCAGCAACAGCAGCAUGUACAGCAGCAGCAGCAGCAGCAGCAGAAGCAGCAAGAGGUGAAGGCGGAGAAGCAGCAGCAUCACGAGGGGGAGCAGCAGCAACAGCCGCAGCAACAGCAGCAGCAAGGGCAGCAAGAGCAGCAAAAGCAGCAGUCCCUUGCGAGAGCAGCAGCAGCACUAGCAGCAACACCAGCACCAGCAGCAACACCAGGACCAGCAGCAGCAGCAGCAGCAGCAGCAGCAGCAGCACCCGCAGCAGCACCCCCAGCAGCCCCAGCAGCAGCAGCAGCAGCAGCAGCAGCAGCAGCAGCAGCAAGGGCUUGCUGCAGCGGGGAGUGCUGCUGUGGGGUGCAGCGGCUGCUGCUGGUUGCUGCUGCUCACUUGGCAGCAGCAAUGAGGGCCCAUAUAUUUGUGUCUUUGGGAUUAACAACAACAGGAGGUCAGCAGCAAAAGAUUUAA